CUGGCCUCUGCUAGUGGUCCACGCUACGACAUCAUUUCGACAGGGUAGCACAAUCCAACAGAACACCGGAUAUCUUUUGUGUAGCAUUAGCUUCAUGUGGGCUAGCUUGACGAUUGCUAUUUUGAUGAUAAGGAAGUUUGUCCCUGCGCUUUUGGACUAAAUACCCAACUUUCUUGACUUUGAGGAUUUUGACACAACUGACAGCUAGCUGCAUAAGCUGCAGCAGAGUGGAGACAGCAAGGCAGCUGGAGACCUACUGACAGUGUGUGGAGGAUGUCUUCACCAUUAUACUACCAUCAUGACAGCGGUACGCGCUUAAGAAAAAGGAAAGCUCGUUUCACCUUCAGUGAAGUGCACAUACUGCUGGAUGAAGUGAGGAAACAUCGUAUGGUCGUUGUUGGUAUGUGUAAAUUCAAUCGCGGCGUGCCAACAGACGCAAAGAAGCGCACAUGGGCAGAGAUUACUGCACGAGUCAAUGAGAUUGGGGAGUGCCAACGUGAGGUUAUUGAGGUCAUCAAAAAAUGGUCCGAUUUAAAGUGUGACACUAAGCGGAAAGUGGCAGCCAUGCGGUCGGGGACUGUUCCUCACAGAGGCCUCAACUCACGUCUUUCCCGGGACCUUAACCCCACAGAGAAAAUAGUGCUCCAAAUUCUGGAGAUGGAUGAGGAAGACCAGAGCACGGCUGACUUUGGUCCACUUGGAGAUGACGACGAUGUGCCAGAGGAGGAAGAGAUGGACGAGGAGGAUAUGUUAGGAAUGCAGAAUUCUCCCAACGGAGGGUUGGAGUUGGCAUCUAUGCCCCCACCAACCUCCCACAGCACAAGAGACUCAUCACAACGUUCCUAUGAUGUACAGUAUGAAGUACCUCCAACAGAUGAUGCUGAAGCUGCAUUUGGGGACUCAGAUGAUGACAUGCUUCCUUCUACUCAAACGACAAAACCAACUGAGGAUCACCUCAGAAACAAUGGCAUCCAGAAACGACCUCAGACCUCGGGACCUUCAACGUCAUCCGCAACGCCUCCAACGCCUGGCCAACCCUCAGAGAACUCAAGAGAAAGCAUGCUGCAUAAUGCAUCUCUGAGCCUUCAGGAGCAGCACGCCACCAACAUCCUGCUGGAGACAGUUUCACGCUCCCUGGAGCUACUCUCUGAGUCGGUGCAGCAGCUGGCAGAGACUCAGCAGGAGUUCGUGCGAGAGUCGCUGCAGCUCCAGAGGGAGACGGUUCAGGUUCUCAGAGACUUCACAGGUGGAGCGAUCGCACUCAUGCACGACAAACUGAAUGGACGGCCGGCAUUAUAGCAUCAGAGUCAGACAGGGGUGGUACAUCACUGACUACAUUCAUGGCCUUCAGGUGUAGGAGCCUUCACGUUCCUCUGGACUCCACUGCUGGUUACUGUACUUUUUGAUAGUGCUCUACAGAUUUUAAAAUUGUAUUUGUAGAAACAUUGUGUCAACAGAGUUUUUGUCUGUGUGGAAACAUGAAAACAGAUUGAAAAAAUAACUUAUGUUAUCCUCUAGGAGUUUUUUUUUACUACUGAACUGAGUCUCCUACCACUUCUUUUGUAAAUUAUUUUUUAUUUACUGUACACCACAUUGAACGCCUUGUCAUUAUUUUACUAUUGACCUGCAAAGAGGAGAUCGUUUUUUUAUCUUCAAAUGUCAGUUGAGUCCAUCGGUGUGUUCUUUCAUGAGUUGUAGUUGCACCUGUGUCUGGAGAUUAUCACAUGUACUGUAUUGGUGAGUGGAUUUCCACACCUAACAAUUCUAUAGUGUCUGUGUGUGAAAGCUGUGUUAGUUCAUUUGAAAAUACCUGUACAUGAAAACUUUGUGAUUGUCUUAUGUUGUUUUUACAUUGCAAACAUGAACACUUGAAAAGACAGUUUGAAUAAUUUCUUUCAGAUAUGGAAUAAACCCCUCUCUACAGAAGUCACUAUCCUGACUGUCUGCACAGUGCUCUCUAGUGGACUCUUAAAGAUGGUUACAACGGCAGAAGUGUACCAACAACUUGACCCUAAUUCAUUAUGGAGGUCUGUGCUCAUUCUGUCAUUGAUUUUUUAGGUCAUCAGAGGGUUUCUAAUCAAGUUUGGUUUGCAGUAAAUGAAAACGUUGCGUAACUAAAUUUGUGGCUGUGCAACUGCACGCCUGUGUUAGCUGAUCGAGCUGCAGUUUACACCAGUGUUUAUCACAGAACAGUGCUAGGCCAUUGUUGCAGGGACUGGCAUUUCAAGCAAAUACACUACUUUUGAAUUUA